CCCCCACCGCAAAUGUCGACGGCGGUCGUUGUGUCCCCCGUGCCAGCGCACCCCCCACCACAGCACAGCAUGGAGCUCGACACGACGCCGGGUCCAGCAGCUGCGCGCGCACUCCGCUCGCCCACACCCGCGACGGGGCUCGCGCUCCUCCCGCCCGAGAUCCUAAGCCACAUCGGGUCCUUCCUCGUCGCGGCCGACCUCGCGCCGCCCACCGCCCUCCUGUGCACCUGCAGCGCGGUGCACAGCGCGCUCGCACCCUCCGCCAAUCCAAACCUGUACGCCGAUGUCUUUCGGCGCAACUACGACACGGCGGCGGCAAAACGUCGCCUGCGCCGCGUGCGCCGCGAGCCGACGGCACGCGACCUCGCCGCCGAGCUGCGGACCCGUACCCGCGGCCUCUCGAGACUUGCGCGCACGCUGAGGGCAUUUGAGCCGAAGGGAAAAGGCAAGGCCGGCGCCGCUGGCCCCGGUGGCGGUGACUCUGAGGCCCCCGAAGCCGGCCUGUCGCCAAACGACCUGUGGAUCGUCUACCUUAUGCUCAUUGAGAACGAUGGGAAGAAUGUCCGCCGCCUUGUCACCCCCCUCCCGGCUGGGCCGGCUGUCGACAUGGUGUCCUUGCUCGACAAGUUUCACGCCCGGACCCUCAGCACGGGGUUCGAGGACGAGGAGGAGGUCGGCUACCCGCCUGAGCGGGUCGUCGACUCGCUCGCCAUGUGGAUCCGCUGGUUCUUGGACGAGUACACCAUCCGCAGCCCUGCUACAUUGCGGUCUCUCCGCCCGUACGUGUUCGCCGCGCACCAGUACGAGCUCUUCUUUGCCCCAUGGACGCUCCUCGACCUCCCGACCGAGCACCAGCAUAUCCGCCAGCCAGAGGGCCCAUACAGCAUGGACGAGAACCCCAAGGACCGGAUCAACCGCGUCCCAUACUACGGCCAGAUGAUCGAGAUUGCGCCACCGCUGCUCUCGCACGCUGCCAUGCUCCGCUUCUUUGGCGGACCAGAGGACCCAGACGACCCGUCCUCGGCGUCGGCGCCUUCACUGCCCGAGUUCCAGGUCGACAUUGAGGAGACGGACCUGCGCGCUCGCCCACGGCCAGUGCUCCAGUCCGAGGUGCACGACGCCGACUUCGAGCGCCUGCGGGCGUGCACCAACGGCGUAUGGAGCCGCGGGCGCUCACUCACCGCCUGGCGUGGGCUCUUCAGCGGGUGCUGGGAAGGAACAUUUACGUUCCUCGACUUUCAGGCCUUCCAUGACAUCUUGUCUGGCCGCCACAGGGCAAUCUAUCGCGGGCCCUACGGCGAGCAGCCGCAGGUAUGGAAGCUGCGCGAGACUCUUGUGCGCCCGAAGCGCACCACAGCAGGCCCGCGAAGCCGACGCGGACUGCCCCUCCGCGGGCCGAUGACGCACGCUGGCUUCCCCAAGGACAUGCGCGCGUUCUCGAUGAACCCAAUGGCGAACCGGCCACCAGGGACAUCACCCGAGACGGCGAUCAUUGACGAUGCGCUCGCGCGCCAGCUCGAAGCACUCGACGGGUACGAGGUGGUCCCGGAGGCCGAGGUCGCUGCCGAGCUCGCGGCCGGAGGCGAGGACGGACAGGACAUGGGGCUCGCGCUGCUCGUAACCGGCAUGGGGCACUCGGCAUGGGGCCGGUUCAUCAUCAGCGGGCACGUCCGCGUGUGGGACGGGCUGCUAUACCUCGUCAAGGAGUAUGCGCCGUUCCAGCGCGGCCAGUGGAUCUACAGGGGCUACGUGCUGAGCGACGACCUGCUGGUCGGGCGCUGGCGCGACACGCUCACGCCCGAGCCAUUCUACGGUUACGAGGGGACGUUCCUCCUCACGCGGCGGAGCGCAGAGUAGUGGCAGUUAGUUGUAUAUGCAUCAUCUUGGGUUGUG